AGCACCACAUUUUGCGUGUAUACCAUAACUUUUUGAAUUAUUCUCAGUAAAUGCAUGUCUUUUUUGAUGCUGCGUCUAGCAACCUGCAGAGACGUUCAUUGACUUGAUCUUGCUUGAGUGAGGAUUAUUUUAUUGGUGAUUACAUCGAAGCCCAAAUAAAAACAACUUGGGCAACUCAACCCAAAAUUUUGGAGUAGCUACUCCCUAGGGAAUCAUCUUUCUUCAAAAAGACUGCAAAUCGCCUCCAAAUUAUGUAUUUGGGAGGUGUAACUAAGUUAUGGGCCCUGUUUGGAUAAUUUUGCAGAAAAUUUUUAUAUAGAUACAUCAAUAAGAAAUAAUCACAAUGGGUAAGAAAAAAGGCUACAAGAGAGGCAGCAGCAGUAGUAGUAGCAGUUCCAGCAGUAGUUCUGGCGGUGGACACAAUCCUCAUCGAAUAGAAAAACGUCGUAUGAAGUUAAGAAAAAAAAUGAUGAAAAAAAAUCACUGCGUCUGUGGAUAUUGUCCUGCUGGUGUUAUGGCCUGUGAUCAAAACUUCGUAAUGAAAUAUCAGCAUGGGAAAGGUCAUGGAUAUAAUAAUAUGCAUGGAUGGGGUACAGGGGUUAGACCAGGCGACUACAACCAUUCAAUGAAACAUCAAUACCCAAAUCAGCCUGGAAUGUUUCCCCAACAGCAACCUGGAGUCUAUCCUGCUCCUGGAAUGUCAUCUCAACAACCUGGAGCAUAUCCUCAGCCUGGAAUGUUUCCCCAACAGCAACCUGGAGUCUAUCCUGCUCCUGGAAUGUCAUCUCAACAACCUGGAGCAUAUCCUCAGCCUGGUAUGUUUCCCCAACAACCUCCAGCCUAUUCUCAACCUGGAACCUUAUCCUCCAUAAUUAUUUAUAUGGUUGCAACAUAUGCCGAGGACAAACCGCUUUCAAACCUGGCUGUGUAUUCUUUGGGCGUUGUUAUCCAACUUUCACCUUUGAUGAGAACAUGUUUUGACUUAUGUAGCUUUCUAUUUUGA